ACUACGGCAUUACUUAAAAGAUUCGAUUACGAAAGUGGGACGGGUUCAGGAUCAAACGCGUGCACCGCAGGCCAAGGUGGUAAAAAACUGGAACAAUCAUCCGUGACAAAAUAUUCGCCUGUCAUACUUGCUCGUAGCUUGUUCAGAAUAGGCUGGACUCGUAAUCACUAUCAGUAUACACAUUAUACUUUAUUUAAGGAUAGACUAUAUGUCUCAAGCUGUAUUGAGUGAGAAAAGCGGUGACUGUUGAAUUUCGUUGACUGAUCGUUUAGAUCUAGAUCUAGAGGUUUACAGUCUACUGCUGGGAUUAACCAGGUUGAAAGGCUGGUGAAGAAUCAUGCUGUCCGAUCAGAACAAAACCUUGCUGUUGGCCGUGCCCGCCGCCGCGGCGCUUGGAGUGGUUGCUUACUUCACCCUCCGGCGACUGGGCAGGUCCCCAGCCCGUCCCAUCAACCCGUGCAUCAGGAAGGAUGAGAAGAAGGUCAUGGACGCCUUCGACAUUGAAGAUCUCAUGACCAGACUGGAGCCAGGGCAGAAAGUCAGCUUGUGCCGCUGUUGGCUAUCGGAGAAGUGGCCCUACUGUGACGGAGCUCACAAAUAUCACAACCAGAAAAACGGAGACAAUGUCGGACCUGUCAACGUUUACAGAAAAAAAGCAGCAUGACGAUAGCCAACUACAUAAUAUUUAUUACACUGAAUUUAUCUGUCAGAAAUGUCAAGUCAAAAUUGCUUUGUACAUAUCACUGAGUACGUCAUGAGCUUGGUAGCGGAUGGACUGAAUGUUCUUAAUAAAAAUUCUAAAAACCCUC